AUGCACAACUUCUGGGCCCGCAUCAACGCGGUGCUGACCUUCUUCGGCACCGUAGCCGCGGCGCUGUGCGUGCUCGUCACGCUGACGGACUAUGUCCACCAGAGCAACCCCCAGAUCAGCCUGCAGCUGAAGGGCGUCAAGCGCCUGGCCCCCUUCCGCUCGAAGAACGACCAGGCGGUGCUGUCCAUGGCGCUCGACGCCGACCUGCGCAGCGCGUUCAGCUGGAACACGAAGCAGCUGUUUGUGUUUGUGCAGGCCGAGUAUGAGACUGCCGAGAACAAGAUCAACCAGGUCGUGCUGUGGGACAAGAUCGUGCGGUCCAAGGACGAGGCCGUGAUCAAGGCCCCCGGCCUGAAGCACAAGUACGCCCUCAUAGACCGCGGCCAGUCGCUGCGCGGGACGCCCCUGACGCUCUCCCUCGUCUGGAAUGUGAUGCCCAAGGUCGGCGCGCUCUUCCAGCAGUCAAGAUCGUUUCCCGUGGGAAGCCUGCCGGAAGAAUACGUGUACUGA